AUUCUUUUAACACUCCACUUAUUAAAAGCUCAGGCGCCUGGCGGUCCCUUGCGCUGUGAUUCACAAAGCUAAGACAUAUAACAAAAUACCUACCUAACCCACCUAUAUUACGCGUCACUUUUAAUUUCUGGUACUAGAGCUGAGUUACGAUUUAGCAUGAUACGAACACCGCAAAUUUCAUCUUGAAACAAUCUAUAACCAUGGAUACAAGUGUUAGCGUCCCUUCGGCACCACUUACCGGCGGACUGUCGGAUCCGCCUGUGAAGUCGAGUCGAAAUAUCGAAAUUGAGAUACCUCCCUCUUCUAUUGCGGACGACGAGGCUUUCGUAGCGACCCUCGUGGGAAUCAUCAACGCUGCAUACACCGAGACCGAAGCUGACAUUUUCAAACCCGGCUACGUACGAACGUCUGUGCAAGACAUAGGAACCCUCAUAAGAUCUGGCCAAUUAGCGACUGCAUCAGAAAUCACUACUCCUUCCGGCGGUCGUGUUCCUCUGGGAUGCAUUUCUAUUCAAAAGCUCAGCGACUCCCGUGCCGAGCUCGGCCUGUUCGCUGUUGCGGCUGAGCUACGUCGCCAGGGGCUUGGCCGGGAUCUGCUCAGGUUUGCCGAGCAGUGGUGCCUCGACAAUUUGGGGGGUCCUGGAGUUGCGAUUGCGGAGCUUCACCUUCUAUUCCCAACACACUUCGAGCACCCAUUCAAAGUACGCCUGCAGGAAUGGUAUACAAGGAAAGGUUAUCAUCUUACAGGGAGCCGAGACUUUUUACUUGAUUACCCUCAGUUAGAACCGUUACUAGCUGGGCCUACUGAAUACCGCAUCCUUCAGAAGAAGCUUACUUAGAUAGCAUCGGAGGGUACCUAUAUAUCUAAACAAUUAAUGUUAUAUUUAUACCCAAGAUCGGAAUGUUUGUACGUGUUAUGAC